AAUUUUCUCCCAGAAUCGGCAGAGGAACAGUAUGAAUAUUCAAAAUUGUUGGAAUUUCUAUCAAAUAACCAGAGUAAUCUUUAUUAGGUCUAUAAUAAAAGAAAGAAUCGGCUCAUACAAGUAGAGAUAGGAAAAGCAUGCAUCAUCACAUCUCAACUACUGAUCUGAUUAACUUGAAAUUUUGCAUAAAGAUUCCUAAUUUACUUAGAAUGGUUAUAGGCUCAUGUUCAGUUCUUCAAGAUUCCAAAACGUGAAGUUUUAAGUUUGUCAAGUGCUUUAAACACACAAUAACGUCACAAGUGUAUGUCAGAGGAAAAUCCAUACUUUAUUGUUAUACAAUAAGUUGUAAGUAUUUUGACUAGCGUUCUUGUCUAUAUUCUGUUCACACCCACCAAACUAGCAAUCAGUUUAUCUUAUCUAGAGAGCAGAACUUGAUGGCUGCUAUUCCAACUUCAACUACCCCUCACUCACCCAGUGCACAGUAGUACCUCUUGCCUGUCCAGGUGUACUGCAGAGUGCAGACGAAUAUAUGUACAGUUAUAGCUCUUCGGCAAACCUUAACGUGAAUGGCUGGCCUUAGCUUGCAAUUUCAUAAUCUUUGAAAAACAUUACAAGACAGCAGUCAAAUUCAGUAGUUACUUUUCCUUCACGACCAUGGCUCAAUAUUAUAGAUUAUUAUCAACUCACACGCGAGAAGAGACUCAACUCUAGUCGAGAGCAUGUGUUUCCAAAUAGUGACACUCAGACUAGUCGAUUCUAGUCUCCGCGACGUCAUCAUUUGGAAACACAUGCUAUUGACUAGAGUUGAGUCUCUUCUCGACCUAAGUCACGUAAGUGUGAGUUGAGCCUUACAGUACCAAUAUUUGUGACUUUCACAUGAGGUGUAACAAUAAUCGAUUAUCUUCCCAUUGUUUGUGAUAUCAAUAUUGCAGAUGGUUAGAGUUAAUCAGGAGAAUGAUAGCAGCCAAGAACCAGCACCAGAGUGCAGCACUGCAUGCUCUCCAACUGAUGAUGAUCUCAGCCAACAACAUUAUCUAAUCCCUGGAUAUAAUCUAAUACUCAUCAAAGAGGAAGAAUAUGAUCAAGAUCGAGAAGCAGGAGGACGAAUUUGGAGAAUGUGAAUUUGCAACUAGCAACGUCAAAGAUGAGUCAUCCUCACACAAUGGUUCAACUUCCAAUCAGAGUCAAACUGCUUUCCAGAGUAUGGAGUACCAUGUUUGUGGGAAAAUUGCAAAAGAAAUUGUUAACAGACUGGAGGAUAUAUCAACAUCGAGACCACAAAUAAAAGUUCAGGUUAAAGUUGAGAAACAGGAAAGUGCUUUUGAUGACAGUUGGAUUGGAGCUGCACGUAGUGAUACAGCUACUCAGCAGAUCAAGAUCGAGAAGCAGGAGGAUGAAUUUGGAGGAUUUGUUUUUGCAACUAGCAACAUCAAAGAUGAGUCAUCCUCACACAAUGGUUCAACUUCCAAUCAGAUGGCGAGAGUUAAGCAGGAGAAUGAUAGCAGCCAAGAACCAGCACCAGAGUGCAGCACUGCAUGCUCUCCAACUGAUGGUGAUUUCAGCCAACAACAUUAUCUAAUCCCUGGAUAUAAUCUAAUAUUCAUCAAAGAGGAAGAAUAUGUUGAGCAAGAGGCAGAAGGAUGUUCAGUGGAGAGUGAACCGGAGAUGUGGCCUUCAAACUGCAGCACAUCUGAAACUGCCAAUACAACAGAAGUGGGUGAACUGAAUGCACAUUUAAUCUCUCCAGUGGAAGACGGCACUGAGCCAUCUGUGGCUGGCAAAAGGAUCAAGGUCUACAGCUGUGCUGACUGCAGCUAUGAAACCACACGGUCCAGUAAUUUGAAGAGUCACAUGAGAAAACACACUGGGGAAAAGCCUUUCAGCUGCAAGUAUUGUAACUAUAAAUGUGCUCAAUCAAGUUAUUUGAUAAGACAUGUCAGAACACAUACAGGAGAAACACCUUUCAGCUGCGAGUAUUGUGACUAUAAAUGUGCUCGAUCAACUAAUUUGAAGAACCAUAUCAGAACACAUACAGGAGAAACACCUUUCAGCUGCGAGUAUUGUGACUAUAAAUGUGCUCAAUCUGCUACUUUGAAGAAUCAUAUCAAAACACAUACAGGAGAAACGCCUUUCAUCUGUGAGUAUUGUGACUAUAAAUGUGCUCAAUCUGCUAAUUUGAAGAAACAUAUAAGAACACAUACAGGUGAAACACCUUUCAGCUGCAAGUAUUGUGACUAUAAAUGUGCUCAAUCUGCUACUUUGAAGAAUCAUAUCAAAACACAUACAGGAGAAACGCCUUUCAUCUGUGAGUAUUGUGACUAUAAAUGUGCUCAAUCUGCUAAUUUGAAGAAACAUAUAAGAACACAUACAGGAGAAACACCUUUCAGCUGCGAGUAUUGUGAUUAUAAAUGUGCUCAAUCUGCUAAAUUGAAGAAACAUAUAAGAACACAUGAAGGAGAAACAACUACUAGCUGAAAAUUUGUGACUACUUGUACUCAUUCAAAUUUGUUUUUACUGUGUUUCGUAGGGUGGUCACUAAUAACAGAACAAGUGUGUUGAAAAUGUCUGUGCAUAUUCAUGUCGCCAUUCAUUGUUGUGUCAUCACAACAUUUUUUGAGGUUCUGAGUAUUGGCCCACACCUUGGCACUAUUCAAAUUGCCAGGGUCACCCUGGGCUGGCGUCUGUGGAGGGGCGGAGUAGGGGAUGCUGCUCACACUGUGGCGUGUGCCGGCUGGUGGUUGGAGCGGCCUUUUGGGGACGGCUAGACUCCUCGCGGUGUUCGGUGAAAUUCUCUCCUUUCUGAGAGGUGAUUGGCCAUGCUUUUGCACUGCCUGGAGGGAGGGGAGUCGCUAGGAGUGGUGGAAGAGUUGUGGCAGUCAUCACUGUCCUUGUAGUGCAUAGUAACAGGUCGAAACUCAUCAGAAAUGGUCCAGGUGUCUCCGGACCACAAAUGAGCCUUUGUGGCUGAUUCCGGUUUGCCUCCAGAUCAAUUGGUGUUCGGUUCGUCCUCUUAGGGACCCCUACGGGUCGGAACAGGUCACCUAACCUGUUUUUCAAUAAAUUAACUAUUCAAACUUGAAUAGUGUAGCAGAGAAAAAAUAAACAACGUAAAUUUGGAGAUAAAAAAACCUAACCACAACAAAUUUUGUUAGAAGCCUUUCCCUGUGAUAACACAACAAUCUAUGCCAAUGUGUAUCAUGCAUGUCUUACCGUUAGUGGCCAGCCUCAUGAAAUCAACCUUGCACUUUCCAUUACCUACUCACCAGCAUUACCUGCUCACAUGGUCAUCAUCCACAAUAAAAUUAUCAAGUCAUUCUAUAAGUAGUAUCAUGUCGAUUUUUUUACCCCAGCAUCAACUCAACGUCAUGCAGCUUGAUCCUCUGCUUCUCCCUCAAUAGCUCUCCUAUAGUGAGGUCCACGUUAUAAUGGGAGUAUUUGAUUAACAUUGGUUUUGCUUCCCCUGUGUAUCAUUCUGCCGGAUCAUUUUCCAACAAUGUAGAAAUAUAAUCAAUUAAAAGAAUAUUCAAUCUCAAUAAUUAUGAAAAUUUAGUAUUUAAGUUAAUCUUUGACAAAUAUAAAUUUUCAUAAAAAAUAAAAUAUAAUUGAUCACUCUAAACAAGAAUUUCCUGUUAAUAUUACAUCAGAUUCUAGAGAAGACUCAUGAAUAUAAAACAGGAACCUCCCACCUCUUCUUGGAUUUCACCGCGGCCUAUGACAGUAUCCUGAGAGUAAGGCUAUUCGAAGCCAUGGAGGAAUUUCAAUUCCCAAGGAAGCUCAUCAACCUUACAAAAGCAUCCUUGUCUAAAGUUGUAUGCCGGGUGAAGAUACAAAACCAUCUGUCGGAGAAUUUUGAGAUGGAGGCAGGGCUGUGACAAGGAGAUGCUCUUUCAUGUUUGUUAUUUAAUAUAGCUUUAGAAAAAGUCAUUCGUGAGUCAAAAGUCAACACUGAAGAGAAUAUUUUUUAUAAAUCAACCCAAAUUCUCGCGUACGCAGACGACAUUUAUAUCAUUGGAAGAUCGGUGAAUGAUAUGAAGGAAGCCUUUAAAAAUAUUAAAAAUGCAGCAUUGCAAAUGGGCCUCCACAUAAAUGAAAACAAAACAAAGGUCAUGAUCACAUCAACGAACCACAACAUCGUGGAGUGGCUUCAGAUGGAUGAUAACUGUUUUGAGGUUAAAGAUGAUUUUGUAUACUCUCCGUCGAUGGUGAAAACGAAACAACAAAGGAGGUGGAAAGGAGAAUUCUCCUGUCCAGCAGAUGCUUCUAUGGUCUCUCCAUGUAUAUAAAAAACAAAGUGCUGAGCAGAGCCACAAAGUUUAAAAUAUAUCGCUCACUAGUCCUGCCAGUACUCAUGUAUGGCAGUGAAACAAUGACACUGUCCAAAAAAGACGAGAGCCAACUCAAAGUUUUUGAGAGGAGGGUACUGCGAAGCAUCUGUGGUGGAAUAAAAGUGGAUGAGACCUGGCGGAGGAGGAAGAAUGAGGAGCUCUACCAAGUAUAUCGUGAACCUGAUGUGGUCAAAAUGAUCAAAAUUUGUAGACUGCGAUGGGCUGGCCACCUUAUUUGGGCAGAUGAGACAUACCCACCAAGGAGACUCAUGCUGUACAGGAUGGAAGGGAGGCGAAGACCAGGAAGGCCGAGACUGCGCUGGAUGGACGGUGUUGACAAGGACGCACAAGUGAUUGGAGCCAGAGGUUGGAAAGCGAGGGCGAAAGACAGAGACGAAUGGAGGCGAAAACUGGAGGAGGCCAAGACCUGUAGCGGGUUGUAGCGCCACUGAUGAUGAUGAUUACAUCAGAUAUACCAGUAUCAGCUAUCCUUCAUAGAAGACCGUGGCAAGGCAGAGAAUUGGCAACGCUGUUUCACUAUCUUUCUCCACUGCCAUCAUAACAUGAACCUCACUAUAGUCAGUCUCAACCUGGUUCCACUAUCCUUGCCUAGGUCUAGGAACACUCAUGGAGCUCACACUUUCAGUAGAUUUCUAAUUAUGAUAGCGUAAUUGGUGAAACCCUGGGUUCAUACAUCAUGUAGUACAAACAGGGAAACAACAGUGAUUUGAUAUUACUAAAUAUACUGAGUCUCAUUCCAAGGUCAAUUGUUUGUAUUAGGAUAGGUUUUGAAUGGCAACAAGCUAUGAAAAGAUGUGACAUCACACUGCCUAUAAUAUUAUUAUCUAAGAUGAAAAUUCAUAGAUAUGGAAGUGGUUAGGCUAGGUAUACAGGUUGUAAUUCAGUCAAAUUGAAUUUGUUGUAGUUGAGUGAAUAAACGAACACUUGAACUUUAUUGCUAUUUAUUGAUUUCACACAUAACUUCAUAAAUAUUAUAAAAUAGUACAGUUUGUCAUUAAGCAUUUUUACUGAGUUCUUCUGAUCACAUUUUACUACUAAUCCGUCCGUGUGUCACCUGCAGUAGGCAGUACUGCCAACAUAACUUAGUCCAUUAUUAUAACAUCUUCCCCUAUGCUUUGAUACUACUGUAGCUGGAUGCCACUCCUUUCCUCUUCUGUAGACUACCCUAUCCCCCUCUUUGAAAUCUGGCCUAGCCCUUGCAUGUGCAUCAUAGUAAUCUUUGCUUUUCCUAUUUUUAUUUUGCAAAUGCAAUUUAAACUGUUCAUGAUCUGACAUUUGUUUUUCAACAACUGGUAAUUUAGUUUUCAAUCUUCUAAAAAACAAUAUUUGAGCAGGAGAUCUGUUCAAUCCUGGAAUUGGCCUGUUACGAUACUCCAUUAAUGCUACACUUAUAUCAUCUGAUUUUCUCAGAAUGUUUUUAGCAGUUUGAACAAAUCUCUCUGCUAAUCCAUUUGAUUGAGCAUAUCCUGGACUUGACGUUUGAAAUUUAAAAUCAAAUUCUAUAGUAAUUUUUUCACAUUCAUAUGAUGCAAAAGGCAUAUUAUCAGACACAAUAAUAUCAGGUACCGUAUACCAAAAACUGAAAAAAUAUUUUUUAGAGCAUUGAUUACAUCAGAGCUUUGUUUACCUUUGAGAGGGACAAUUUCUAGCCAUUUAGUAAGAUAAUCUGCAACUACUAAAUAAGCCCUGCCUUGGAACUCCAUUAUGUCAGUUCCCAAUUUUUGAAAUGGAAAAUCUGGAAUUUCAGGACAAAUCAUUGGUUCUUUAAUAUUUGCAUAUCUAUAUCGCUUACACACAGAGCAUCUUGCAAUCAUUUUUUCUAUAUCCUUUGCCAUACCUGGCCAAAACAAAAUCUCUCGUGCUCUAUCUGUAGUACGAGUAAUACCAAAAUGCCCUUCAUGCAAUAACUUUAACAUAUCUAAUCUUAAUGCUUUAGGUACUACAAUUCUAUCAAAAUAGAACAUUAAAUUAUCAUGAACAUACAAAUCAUUCCUGAUUUGGAAGAAUACUUUUAUUUCCCCUUCCCACUUGUCUUUUUUCCAUCCAUCCUGAAUACUCGUCAUAACUAUUUGCAACUCUUCUAUUUGCAUCCUGACUAAUGCAUUUUUUAAACUCCUCUUUUCUUCUGUCACUCAUUCUUAUAUACUUUGACACCGUAUGAACUACUUCAACUAUAUCUGGAUCACUUAACUCUACUUCACUACUAAAAUUUCGAGAAAGCAAAUCUGCUACAUGCAUAUAUUUUCCUGGGCAAUAUUCAAAGUUUAAAUCAUAUUUUAUUAACUUCAAUUUGUAAUCGAGGUGAAUUCACUCGGGAAACACUUUUAUUCAUAAUACUAACAUUUGGCCUAUGAUCGGUCACUAUCUUAAUUGGACAUCCAUAUAUUAAAUUAUGAAACUUUUUAACAGCAAAAACUACACUCAGAAGUUCCUUCUCAAUAAUGGCAUAUUGCUUCUCUGUUUCAUUUAAACAUCUUGAAGCAAAUGACACAGGUAACCCCUCCUGAAGUAGACAACAUCCUAUUCCAUUUUUUGAAGCAUCAGUUUGAAUGACAAUUCCCUUUUUUCGAUCAAAAUUACUUAAUGUAGGUAAUGUUUUUAUUAAUUUCUAGUUUGAUACUUUCCAAAGCCUUUUGAUACACUUCUAACCACUGGGAUUCUACAUCUUUUUUCAGUAAUUCACACAAUACACUAGACAUUUCUCCAAGUUGACAAACAAACUUCCUUACAUAAUUAAUCAUUCCCAUUAGUUGUUGUAAUUCUUUUUUAUUCUUAGGAGCUUUCAAUUCAUUGAUCACCCUGAUCCUAUCCUCGCUUACUUUGAUACCCUGUUUUGAAAAUAUGUGACCUAAAUACUUGACUUCACACUUCUUAUAUUUUAAUUUAUUCCUGUUUAAUUUUACACCCCUUUCUUUUGCCCUCUCCAUAACUGUUUGCAAAACUCUAUCAUGUUCUUCUAGGCUAUUUGUUGCAAUUAAAAUGUCGUCAAAAUAAAUCAGAACAUUCUCAAUAUCACCGAAAUUCUCAAGAUUAGCUUUUUGGAAAUAUUCAGGAGCUAUUUUAACACCAAAGGGUAACCUUAAAAAUCUGUAGCAACCCUGAUGAGUGGCAAAAGUACACAAUUUACUGGAAUAGUCAUCCAAUGGAACCUGAUAAAAUCCAUCUUUUAGAUCCAACACUGUAAAAUACUUUUUCCCAGCCAAUUUACUUGUUACCUCAUCAAGAGUAGGUAAUUCAAAAUACUCUCUUUUUAUGCACUUAUUUAAUUCAUGAGGAUCUAAACACAAACGUAGGGACUUGUCUGGCUUUUCAAUCACUACUAAAUUAUUCACCCAUUCAGAAGGUUGUUCACACUUAACAAUAAUACCUACAUUUUCCAACUCCUGCAGUUUCCUACUCAAUCUUUCCUUCAUUACUAACGGCAAUCGUCUAGCUGGCUUUGCCACUGGAAUGCUACCUUCUUUCAAUUUUAUCUGACAUACCUUUUUGAACAUUCCUACUCCUUCAAACAAAAAACUAUGCCGAAUUAGAAACUUCAACACUAUCAGAUUUCUUUGUCAAAUACCCCAAAGUAAAACAAGACGGUAAACCUAUAAUAGGCCGAACAUUCUUGUUCACUACUAGAAAAUACAACACUACAAACUUAUCUUUAGUUUCACAUUUAUUGAGUUGGACAGACCCUAUAGGAAAAAGUUUUUCACCU